UGAACGCAGCUUUACGCCCUGACCAUGACGCAUCGAAUUGGACCAAUAGAAUAGCAGAGCGCCGUGACGCAGCUUCCUGAGCGGUAGUUUUGCUAGUCGGCGGCUUUAGGAUAAAUUUAACCAACAAUCAGCUUUAAACGACACAUUAACGCUCUGACCAUCCAUUUCCGAUGCCUCCUAAAGCCAAGGCAGCAGGGAAAGGAAGAGCUCCUGCUAAGCGGAAGCUGGCAGAAGAGUUCCCACCUGGAGAAGUCCUGACUGAUACUGGGAAGAAGUCCUGGAAGCUGGGAGUUCCAAUCGGCAAAGGGGGCUUCGGCCUCAUAUACCUGGCUGAACAGAACACUGAGAAACCUGUUGGGCCAGAUGCUCGCUAUGUCAUCAAAGUGGAGCCACAUGAAAACGGACCGCUCUUCUCCGAGCUGCAUUUUUACAUGAGAGCUGCUAAGCCUGAUCUCAUUCAGAACUGGUUGAAGGCUCAGAAGCUGAAACAUUUGGGAGUUCCCAGGUACUGGGGCUCGGGUCUGCACGAGAGGGGGGGCAAAAGGUAUCGCUUCAUGGUGAUCGACAGACUCGGAACUGACCUGCAGAAGAAGUUUGAGGAAUGUGGAAAGAAAUUUCCCAGGAAACUGGUCCUGCAACUCGCUCUUCGACUGCUGGACACUCUGGAGUUUAUCCAUGAGCACGAGUACGUGCACGCCGACAUCAAAGCGUCAAACCUGCUGUUGAGCCACAGCGAUCCUAACCAGGUCUACUUGGUUGAUUACGGGCUGGCUUACAGGUACGCACCUGAAGGCGUCCUCAAAGAGUACAAAGAAGAUCCCAAGAAAUGUCACGAUGGAACCAUUGAGUUCACUAGCAUCGAUGCCCACAAAGGAGCAUCUCCCUGCAGGCGCAGCGACCUGCAGAUCCUCAGUUACUGCAUGGUCCAGUGGCUCUGUGGUCGGCUCCCCUGGGAGGACCAGCUUCAGGACCCUCUGUACGUCAGAGAUUCCAAGAUCAGGAGUCAGGAAAACAUCUCUGAGUUUUUAUCCCAGUGUUUCUCCCCUCAGGACAAACCAGAUGAGAUCCAGAGGUUCAUGGAGGAGGUGAUGUCUCUAGGCUACAAAGAUAAACCACCGUACGAGAAGCUGCGAUCCAUCCUGCAGAACGGGCUGAAGAGCAUCCAGGCGAAAGAUGACAGCCAGCUGGAGUUCACACCUGUCAAUGGAGUGCCAACACAUCCUGCCAAGAAGACGAGCAAGAGGAAGAAAGCGGACAAAACAGAGGAGAGUGAUGCUGCUGAAAGUCCCAUCAAGAAAGCGAAGCCCUCAAAGAAAAAAGAGGUAAAUAGAGUGAAGAAAAGUCCCAAAGCUGCUCCCAGACCACGAAAGCUUCCAAGCACUGGAAAACAGGGUGAGCAGAAAUCCAGACAGGUGGAGAUGGCCACCCAGACCACGCCUGGACUUGCCCAGCGGUCCAGAGGGAGAAAGAAAGUCAGCUCCUAAUUGGCCAGCUGUUUCUACAAUCCUCUUCCUUCCCCAUUUCUUUCACUUCUUUACCACUUAACUUUUUUUAUGUUGUAUUACUCUGUGCUGAAAAAUGUGUAUGCUAUGCCUGGGAGGACCCAGAACUGUUGAAAUAAAGAGAAAAUUAAACAAA